AUCCUUAAAACAUCUCGGAAAAAAGUCAUAUUUUUUGCUUUUCUUUGAUUUUUACUUUUUUGUAAUAAUUUCUGUAUUCCACGGUCGUUUUUUUUAGUGGGAUACCUGUGUCGACAUUGGAUUCAAAAUGGCCGCGCGCUUGCCGACAAAAGCGCUCUCACUAAAACAGUUCAUGGUGAGGCGACAAGUCUUGGGUCUUUAUCGUGACCUUAUGAAAGCUCUCAAUAAAAUCCCUGACAAAAACCAUCAGAAAGAGUUGAAAGAAUGGACAAGAGAAGAAUUCAAACAGAACAAGACAGAAACAGACCCAGCUGCUAUCCAAUUCAUGAUUACUAGAGGACAACAGGCAUUGAGAGAAAUUGCAAGCACUAUCUCCCUAGCCAAGUAACACAACUCUUUAUCUAAUGUUGGGCAAGGUAACAAAUGGAAAGGAUUUUCUCAAAGGUGAGGAUGGUGUGCGACCUAGGUAUCCUUGGAAAUGAUGUGAGUCUUGUCAGUUUUCCCUGGCUGUGUAUAGUACAGCAAACGAAGACAAUGAACCUCUACCAUUGGAGAGCAGAGCAAUGAUGGCAAAUCAAAUGUGUGACAUGGAGAUGUUGAGGAUUCAGCUUCUUUGAGCAGUAUUGCCCACGUUUGCUGUGGGAAAGGGUAGUAUUUUACUAAUAAGAAGUAACCAAACAUUUUAGCAGCCAAGGGGCUUGCAUCCUUUACACCUACCUUACAUGCCAGGCCUUAGCUGAGAAACAUAACUCAAACAAAAGCUGGGCAAUGUGAAUGCUGAAGAGAUGCAGCCGCCAAAAGAGGGUAUGGCACUUGUGAUGAUGAAUGUCUUAUAUUAUGUAAUUAUGCACAGUAUUAUUUGCUGAGUUGAUCACUGCAAGCAAGGGAAACGGCAAAGCAGAGCAGUAAUUCCAGAUGAAGUUGCUGGAAACAUGGAAAUGAAUAAUGAAUGAUAAUGUUGGAUAAAGAGCUGUAAUGUGGAGCUAGUGACUUACCCUGACUUCCUUGUUUUCAAACAAAAGGAGCUGGUAGUAACAGCAGCUCAAGACGAUAUAGAGUAUACCAGAAUACCCCUUAAGUAAAAAAUUGCCCCCAUCUUAACCAAUCAGAUUACGAUCUGGAUAAUGACUACUUGAGCCCAUCAAAAAUUGCCCAUUGUCAUUACCAAGAUGCAGGACAAAAAUUGCUUCCAGCUCAGAAAGUUGCCCCAUUCUAAGACAGGUGCACCAAUUCUAGUGAUUCUCAACUUCGUAAGUGUUCAAUUUUUGAUCUUACACAUUUCCCUUAGUUAGAUAAAGAUAACUUUGGGCUUUUAAAAAUCGGCAUUGGAAACAAUUUCAAAAUAAGAUUUCUGUGAUAAACACAAUGGCAAAUUGAGGCAAGAUGUAGUUUUUUUCUUUUCAGUAGAAUGACAUAACCUUCCAGUUGACUUUUAAUUCAGCAAAACAACCAAGUACCAAUAUGAUAUUUAUGCAUCAAAUAGACUAUUUUCAGCCAAGUAAGCAUAAUUUUCUGUGAGAUUUUUCUAUUUGAGUGUUUUUCAUGUUGCUUGUUUAAACAUGGCACAGGCCACACAUUUUGGGACAUUGCUUGCGAACUGCUUCAUAGGUUUCACAGGAAUCCUCAAAUCCAAUGCACUCUGGACCAUCCUCGCAUGCUGGAAUAGAACAGAUUCUUGUUGUAUUCAAAUAUGCACCUAUCAAUGUUAAGGCCAGUGGGUGGGGGGAGGUGCGGAAGGGGUGGGGAUUUAAAUAGUUUAACUGGCCAGCAGGUAGUGAUGUUGAUGUUCAUGUUUAUCCUGUGGGAGAGGUUUAUUGAAAUAAUCUUUUCCCAGGGUAGGGACUACUCAUUUGACCCUUGUACUGUUUUCAUUGAGUGUGGUUCACACUGCGGAUGCUUGAUUGUUUCUUAACUUUAUUUGUUAUGUUUGGAUAUGCGAAUGUUUGCCAACUCAGUGUUUUAGGCACUAUUCAGCGCAUUAAUAAAAAGGAAUACAGUGCUA